AGUCCUCGACGCACGCCCGCGCGCCUCGGCAAACCACCGCGCCCGCCAGCCAUACUGAGCUCCGCCCUGGUUCCAUUCCACCCAGAGAGGCUCCAAGAUUGACGCCGCGACCACGAUGGGCUUCCCUGUGGGGUACUCGGACUCGGAGACGCUGCUCCCGCGCGUGCUGCUGCAGGCGCUCCUCCUCCUGGGCCACCUCCACCGCUUCCUCCUCUGGGCCUUCCACGCCGUGGGGCUCGGCGACCUGAUCGACCUCGGCUGCAACUACCCGCCGCCGCCGCCCUCCGCGUCCACGGCGGCGGCGGCGCAGGAGGGCCGCGACGUGGCGGCCCCGCUGCGGCACUGGCGGCCGGAGUUCAGGCCCGUCCCGGCGGUGCGCAUCGAGGAGGCGCUCCCCGUGGUGCGGUUCGACGAGCUUGCCGCCGCGGCGCGCGGCGACGGCUACGGCGACUGUGACUGUGACUGCGCGGUGUGCCUCGACGGCAUCGGCGGCGGCGACGAGGUGCGGCGGCUCGGCAACUGCCGCCACGCCUUCCACCGCGCCUGCCUCGACCGCUGGAUGGCGCACGGCCAGCGCACCUGCCCGCUCUGUCGCGCGCCGCUCGUCCCCGGCGCCGCGGCCGCCGGGGAUCCCUGGGCCGAAGCGCCGUGGCUCGACGCGGCCGACUACGACGUGCUGCCCUACCCGUCCACGCCUCUGCUGAUGGUGCCCACCCCGACGCUGCUGCGGCCUCACGAGCUGCUGCUGGUCGCCGGCCUGGGCGGCGGCUUCCAGUGAGCUUCUGCGUGUGCGUGGCUGGUGUUUGGGCAGCAGGCCACGCGAAUCCGGUCCGUGGCAAGGCGAAAAACGUCCUCAUGUCAUGUGCGGUGCGGCACACCCCGCCCGGUCGGUCAGACGCGUGACCGCCGCCAUACCUGCUCGUCCUUCACUCAACAACUCUGCAGCAGUCGUUUGAUCGUGUCUCCGUCGGUGAAAAGAGAAACCAACGGCAGAGGAGGGCGCGCCCUGGUUUUUACAGCGGCUGCGGCUCCCAACUUCCCAACAAGUGAGAAAAAAAGAAGAAGAGGCGAAACAUACUAAGACCAGCCCUAGAAAACUAGCUAGCCAAGUACUAUGUUGAUCUGUAGGCCGCUUUGGCGAUUCCGUCUUCCAAACCUGUGGAGUUGUGAAUCCUUUUGCAGAUUAAAGUAAAGUUCGUUAGCAAGAA